UCUGAUGUUUCGUUCGCUGAUAGAUUGUUCUCUGUUUGCUGGGUUUAGUGAGUUUGACCUUGGGUUCAAUCUUUGUCACCAGGUCACGGUGUAAAGUUUGUAUGUUGUUUGUUUUUAUGAAAGGCUGCAUUUUUAUUACUUGUAUUUACGACGGAAUUGAUGGGUCUUCCGCUUGUUUCAUCGAUUCUGCCUUUUUCUGAAAUCAAUAUCUGUAUUUUGGUUUUAAUCACUGUAGUGAAUUUUCUUUUCUUCCAGGAUACACAACAUGGCUUUCUUAAGUAAAGUUGGAAGGAUAUUUAGGCAGACUAGCACCCAUGUCACUGCCUCUAACUCAAUGCUACAGAGCAUCCGUUGCAUGUCUUCCUCAAAAAUCUUUGUUGGAGGUAUCUCCUACAGCACUGAUGAGUUUGGCUUGAGAGAAGCUUUUAGCAAAUAUGGACAAGUUGUUGAUGCCAAAAUUUUUGUGGACCGUGAAACUGGUAGAUCGAGGGGUUUUGCUUUCGUGACAUUUACUUCUAACCUGGAGGCUACUAAUGCCAUGCAGUUGGAUAGACAGCACCUUCAUGGUCGAAGAAUUAGGGUGGACUUCGCUACUGAAAGAGGAAGAGGAUUUGGAGGAAGGGGGUUCGGUGGUCCAAGUGGUGGUGCUGUUUUUUAUGAUGAUCCUCUACCGUGUGGUUACGUUGACGAUUUUUCUGUUUGGUGCCAUUGACAAUCUGGCCUGGCAGUUUGGUGGUUCAGAGAACGAGAGCUUAAUCCCUCCAUAAUGUUGCAGUUUCAGAAUAAACAUAUGAAAGUUUCUUAAUUUUUAUGUUUUUAACGUUUGGGGUUUGUUUAUCAUCUAGAAUUCUACCUCUAUAUAGAUUAGGUUAUCGCAUUUGAUUACGCUAAAGACGGUUAGUUUCUCAGCGAAAUAUCAAGAUUCCGCCCCGUGACUCUGAUCAUGAUAUUUGGGGUUUGUUUAUCAUCUUCAUAAAUAAAUAAAUAAAAAUUGUAAUA